AGGGUCCCGAGGGGGGGCAGCCACGCGCCCCCGGGGCCGGGCGGGUGUCAGCGGAGAUGUCACGGGCGGCGAUUAUUCGCUGGUGCGCGCGGUCGUGCAGCUGCCACUGACGGGGCGCACUGGGGGCGGGGGAGGGGGCGCCACCUCCGGAGAGACCGCCUUAAGCUGUGCCCAGCGCACAGGCGUCGCCGCCCCCCGUGCGCCCCCACAGCAAAGUUCGGCUCAACUUCGAGGCGGGCCUUGACGCCCUCUUCCCUCCCACCUUCCCCCAGGUCCUCGGCGGCAUAGCCCUUGGCGCCCGCACGGUGGGCCGGCGGCCACAGCGACCCCGGCGAGGGGGCGUCCGGCCCGCGUCCCGAGUGGGCGCCUUCGGGGACCUGCACCCGGCGCGCCACUCGGGCGCUUGCUGCAAGCCGUGGGUCGGCGCUCGCUCCGCCCGGGGCGCCCGGAGCUCGGCGGCGGCCGACCGAACAGAAACUCCUUGGGGCUUGAUUGGGCCCCCGCUGGACCCGGGGUCCGAGGGACGCGUGCGGAAGGCCAAGAGGGGCAGGAAGUCUGCGUGCUGCGGCGGCGAGGAGGGCGCGGAGCCGGAGCCUGCCUUAUUCCUGCCUCUAGUUCCUGCGAAGGCUUGCUUGCGGCACACUCCCGCGACUGCCCCCCGCCGUGCGCGAACCCCGGAAGGGAGGCCCGGGGACCAGAGCAACUUGAUCGUCUGCUAAAGCUCCCGACUCUGCCCCCCUCCUUUUUUUUUUUUUUUUUUUUUGUGAACCUCAACAGUAUCGGUGACUUUUGGGGCCAGCGGCCCCGCGGCAGGCAUGCAAAGGCCCUGGGCUUCGUGAAGCUUCUCUCCUAUAGCUAUCAGCCUUGAACUUUGCGACUGACGAACCGCUGCGGCCUUCCAUGUCCCCGACCUCCUCUGGACCUGCUGGUCUCUGGAUUGGAGUGGUCCUGUGUGCCAUGGGCUGUAUUCAGAGCAUCGGCGGCAAAGCCAGAGUUUUCCGCGAAGGGAUAACGGUCAUUGACGUCAAGGCCUCCAUCGACCCCAUCCCCACGAUCAUCGACGAGUCCUCCAGCGUGGUGCUGCGCUACCGCACGCCACACUUCCGGGCCUCAGCGCAGGUGGUCAUGCCGCCCAUCGCCAAGAAGGAGACGUGGACCGUGGGCUGGAUCCAGGCGUGCAGCCACAUGGAGUUCUACAACCAGUAUGGCGAUUUGGGCAAGUCCAGCUGGGAACUGCCUGACCUGCAGGCGGGCAAGAUUGAGGCCAUCAGCGACUCGGACGGGGUCAAUUACCCCUGGUACGGCAACACCACCGAGACGUGCACCAUUGUGGGCCCUACCAAGAGAGACUCCAAGUUCAUCGUCAGCAUGAACGACAAUUUCUACCCCAGUGUCACAUGGGCCGUGCCCGUGAAUGAGAACAACGUGCCCAAACUGACCAACAUCUACCGGGACCAGAGCUUCACCACGUGGCUGGUGGCCACCAACGCCUCUACCAACGACAUGAUUGUCCUGCAGACUCUGCACUGGCGCAUGAAGCUCAUCAUUGACGUGAACCCAAACAGGCCCCUGGGCCAGCGCGCCCGCCUGCGGGAGCCCAUCGACCAGGUCCAGCCCAAGAUCCUGAGCAAAAAUGAGCCCAUCCCACCCAGCGCCCUGGUGAAGCCCAACGCCAACGAUGCUCAGGUCCUCAUGUGGCGGCCCAAGGACAAGCCGCCAUCAGUGGUAAUCCCCGCCAAGCACUGGUAGCGGCAGGUGCAGAGCGGGGGGCGGGGGGACGCAAAUAAUAAUAGUGCUCAGAGCAA